UCAAAACCUAGCUAGAUGUUCUUUCUCUUUUACUUUUCACAAUUUCUUAAUUUUUUCAUCUCAAUAACCCAUCAUCAUUAGCCUCUAUAUUCUCUCUUCAUCUCAUAAAAACUGUUAUGGCUGAAGUUGAUCCAAGCUUUGUUGAACAUGAAGAGGAACAGGUACAGGAACAUCAGAACUUGGACCAGAACCCAAGCAUGGAGCACAACAUGAACUUGGAGAACUAUGUAGUCUUGGAACCCAAUGUGAACUUGGAACACAAUGUGAACUUGGAAGACGAUGUAAACUUGGAACUCAAUGUCAAUUUGGUUCACGAUGUGAACUUGGAGCAGAACUUGAACUUGGAAGAAGGUCCGGAAGAUAAUUUGGAGGAGCAAAAUUUGCAGCAGGAACAAGAAUAUGAACCAAAAGUAGAACAUGAAGACGAGGCAAUGGUUGGAGGUGGUGAAAAGAAGUGGCCAGGAUGGCCUGGAGAGAGUGUGUUUCGGAUGUUGGUUCCUGCACAAAAAGUCGGUAGUAUAAUUGGACGUAAAGGGGAAUUUAUAAAGAAAAUAGUUGAGGAGACACGAGCUCGUAUCAAGAUACUUGAUGGUCCUCCAGGGACGACAGAGAGAGCUGUAAUGGUAUCUGCUAAGGACGAGCCUGAUUCUCCCUUUCCACCUGCUAUAGAUGGGCUUUUGAGGGUCCAUAAACGCAUUGUUGAUGGUUUGGACGGCGAUCCAUCUCAUGUACCUACAGCCGUGGGAGCCAAGGUUUCAACAAGGCUGCUAGUCCCUGCCUCACAAGCCGGAAGUUUGAUUGGAAAACAAGGAACAACUGUCAAAUCCAUUCAAGAAUCUUCUAAUUGUAUUGUUAGAGUUCUUGGAGCAGAAGACCUUCCUGUCUUUGCUCUUCAAGAUGAUAGGGUUGUUGAAGUUGUUGGAGAUGCAGCUGCUGUGCACAAAGCGGUGGAGCUAAUUGCAACUCAUCUCAGAAAGUUCUUAGUGGACCACAGUAUAAUUCCAUUGUUUGAAAUGCAUAUGCAAAGGUCUAAUCAUCAGAUGGACCACAUUCCACCUCAUCAAUCUUGGGGUCCAUCUCAAGGUGUCCCACCAAAUGCUAAUGUGGGUGCUGGUUAUGGACAUAAUCCUCAGUACAUGCCGCCUCCUCGGCAACUUGACAAUUACUACCCUUCUGCUGAUAUGACACCUCAUAUGGAGAAGCAGCAUUAUCAGGGUAUUUCUGCAUAUGGAAGAGAAGCGCCAAUGGGUGCUCAUGGAUCUUCAAAUUCCCAGAAUGCACCAUCGAUGAUCACUCAGGUCGCUCAGCAAAUGCAAAUUCCAUUUUCUUAUGCUGAUGCUGUUAUUGGGACAGCUGGUGCAAGUAUUAGUUACAUUCGACGUGCUAGUGGGGCAACUGUCACCAUUCAAGAAACUCGGGGUGUCCCUGGUGAAAUGACAGUUGAAAUAAGUGGAACUGCUUCACAAGUUCAAACUGCUCAGCAAUUGAUUCAGAAUUUCAUGGCUGAUGCUGCUGCUGCGGCUCAGGCUCAGGCUCAGCCUCAGGCGCAAGCAGGUGGGGUCGCAGACCAAGCUUAUAAUCCUUAUGCAGCUCAUGGUUCUCUAUAUGCAUCACCACCUUCCAAUCCUGGUCACCCUGGAGGGUAUGGCUCUGUUUAUGGUUCAAACCAUGGGUUCUAAG